CGCACUUUCUCAAUAAUACUAAGGUCAACAUCCACCAUUCGCUUGCUAGCUGCCAUUUGAACCGGGCCGUAGUUUCAUACUAACGUUUUGUGCGCUGGACGAUUUUCCCCAUAUUGUCUGUGAAUCAGCCGUUAUCGCGAUUGUCGCCGAUUGCGCUAUCGGUGGGGUAGUUUUCAUAUGGGCAUCACAGCCAAAACGACGCACUGAACGAUGACGAAGGAAAAGGUGGCCUUCCUUGGACCGGUGUCCUCGUAUUCACAUCAGGCUACUCUGGGAUGCUUCCCCGAAGCCGAUUAUGAACUUGUGCCCGUGGUGACAAUUAGAGAUAUAUUCGAAGCUGUGCAAUCUGGAACAGCCUCACGAGGUGUUGUUCCCUUCGAAAACUCCACGAAUGGCUCCGUAGUCUUCACGCUCGACCUCUUCGCGGACAGAGAGCUCUCAUACCCCGACAUAUCCGUUUGCGGCGAGAUAUAUCAAGAUGUCCAUCACUGCCUCUUGGGACACAAAUCGAGUUCUCUACCACAGGAUACAGACGGAUCCUCUACCCCGACGCCUGCUGUGCCCAAGCCAUUGAAGCCGCGGACAAAGCCGUUGUCGAGCUUAGACAAGAUCCAACGAAUAUACUCCCACCCACAGGCCUUCGGGCAGUGCGAACUAUUCCUAGGGGCAUAUCUCAAGGGCAUCGAGAGGAUCGAUGUUACAUCUACGAGCAAGGCGGCAGAGCUGGUAAAGGCAGAUACAACUGGGACGAGCGCCGCUAUCGCAAGCGAAGCAGCAUCAGUUGCCCACAAGCUAGAUGUGCUUGCGAGAAACAUAGAAGAUACAGUGGAUAAUACUACUCGAUUCUUCGUCCUGAGAAAGGGCUUAGAGAACGACAAAGUGGACGAUGCGGGUCUAUUCACCCAAGCUGGAGCUCAUGAGAAGAGCUUGGUUUCAUUCACGGUGGACCACAAAUCUCCGGGGGCACUCGCGGACGCAUUGGACAGCUUUAAAAAGUACCAGCUGAACCUGACUAGUAUUAAUAGCCGGCCCAGCAAGAUUCGCCCGUUCCAGUAUAUAUUCUUCGUGGAGUUCGAGGGAAGCAAGCUCCACGAUCCUCAGGGAGUUGUCAAGGGUGCCUUUGAACUUCUCGACAAGGCCGCACAGAGCUGGAGAUGGCUAGGAAGCUGGACAGAUCAGUUAUCUGCGAAAAUGGGAGCAAGAUCGUGAUUACAUAGGCUAAAAGUAGAUUCCAAUGGAGCUGACUGUUCAUUUACAUUGUGCUUCGGGCGGGUUCCGUCGGUAUAUGCACGGACCAUUAGCUGUGUCUCCCAAGGUUCCCGAGCAAUAUAAACCUUAUCAUUCA